AUGUCUGACCCCACCUCCGACUCGUCGGCUGCCCCGCCACCGACUUCUUCGAAGUCUCCCAACACAGUGCCUUUCUUCCUGAAUGGCGCCGAACAACUCACUUCCAAGACAUUUCCCGUCACCUCUGCAGGUACUAACCAAUACCUCUACGAAUCGGCCUCUGCUCAGACCUCCGAUGCCGAGGCCGCCGUUGCUGCUGCAGCCGCAGCCUUGCCCGCUUGGCGCGCACUCAAGCCCGCGAAGCGCGCUGCCAUCCUAGUCAAGACUGCCGAGGUCAUGAAAUCCCGCCACGAUGAGCUCGCCGGCUACUUGACGAGCGAGACUGGUGCCACGCCAGCCUGGGCCGAUUUCAACCUCAAGGUCACAACCGAUAUACUCAUCGCCUCCGCAGCUCGGGUGCACUCGGUAGAGGGCAUCAUCCCAACGCCAGCCGGCGAAGGUAGCUCCGCCCUCAUCGUCAAGGAACCCUUUGGCGUCGUCCUCGCCAUCGCCCCAUGGAACGCACCCUAUAUUCUCGGUAUCCGCGCCAUUGCUGGGCCCCUCGUCACCGGCAACACUGUCGUUCUCAAGGGUCCCGAGGUGAGCCCUCGCGUCACCUGGGCCAUCGCCUCGUGUUUGCAUGAGGCUGGUCUGCCGCACGGCGUUCUCAACACCCUGGCGCACGAUCCCAGUGACGCCCCGGCCGUCACCGCCGCGCUCAUCGCGCACCGCGACGUCAAGAAAAUCAACUUCACCGGCUCCACGGGCGUCGGUCGCAUCAUUGGUCGCCUCGCCGGUGAACACCUCAAGCCCGUGCUCCUCGAACUCGGUGGCAAGGCCCCGGCCAUCGUUUGGGAAGACGCUGACCUCCAGCUCGCCGCGCAGCAGUGCGCCCUCGGCGCCUUCCUCAACGCGGGGCAGAUCUGCAUGAGCACCGAGCGCAUCGUUGUCCACAAGGCCGUGAGCGCCGCCUUUGAGUCCGCCCUUCGCGACGCCGUAGGCAACAUCUUCUCGACCGCCGAUGCGCCCGUGCUCAUCGCCGGCGCUGCCGUCACCAAGAACAAGAAGCUCAUCCGCGAUGCCAUCGCCCAGGGGGCCCGCGUCGUGGUCGGCGACCCGAAUGCCGACGACGCCUCGCCGACGCGCAUGCGGCCCGUCGUGCUCGGUGGCGUCACAGCCGAGAUGGACAUCUACCAGACCGAGUCGUUCGGCCCCACCGUGUCCCUCUACGAGGUCGAGACGGAGGAAGAGGCCCUGCGCAUUGCCAACGACACCGAGUACGGCCUGUCGUCAGCCGUCUUCACCGAGGACCUCCGUAGAGGUCUGCGCUUCGCGAAAAACAUUGAGACGGGCGCUGUGCACAUCAACAGCAUGACUGUGCACGACGAGCCGGCGCUGCCUCAUGGCGGUGCCAAGGCCAGCGGGUACGGCAGGUUCAACGCCGGUGCCUUGGAGGAGUGGGUGAGGACCAAGACCAUCACGUAUCAGGACUGA